AAUGUUUAGCUUUUGUAGUUAUUAUUAUUACUUAUUACUCUUACUUUGAACUUUUAUCUAAUAUUUUUAUUUUUGAUCUCAAAUCUUUGAACAUUAGUUGUAUUUAUAAAUUACAUAUUUUGUUCUACGUCAUUUUUCAAAAUGAAAGAUGAACAGAAUGAUAAUAACGACCCAGAAAACUCUCGAAUAUUCGUAUUAUAUGACAAAAAUCACCCAAUAUCUGAAAAUGAGUUUAAAGAUAUGUUUGGAAAUUUUGGUGAUGUAAAAAAUAUUUAUAUUGUAAAAGACCGCAACAGCGACAGUGUGAAAGGGGUUGCAUACAUAAAAUAUUCAAAAGCAUCAGAAGCUUUUAAAGCUAUCGAAGCAAUGAAUGGACAUAGAAUAGAGUCAUCAAAUCGCCGUAUGAAAGUCUUAAUGGCCACAAGUCCUGGUCAUAUAAGAAGCAAUUCAGAAAUGGAAUAUAAUAGACUAUUUGUAUUUGUACCAAAAACUGAUAAGGAAUCAGAUUUAGAAAAUAUUUUUAGUCAAUAUGGAGAAAUCUCUAAAGUUCAUAUUGUUACAAAUAAAGAUACCGGAGAAUCAAAAGGAAUAGCUUUUAUAACUUAUUCAAAGGCUUCAUCUGCUGCUUUAGCUAUUGAAGAAUGUGGACCAAAUUACAAAGCUGUUUUUGCUAAACCCAAACAUGAUGAUGGACCAUCUGUAUACCCUCCUUCUUAUCCUAGACAUGUUGAUUCUAAAAAUCCAACUAGUAGUUAUUCACUACUUGCACCUCCAUCACAUCAACACCGAGAUGAACCUAGUGUAUUAACUGCUUAUGCUUCAUCAAUUGUUUCAUAUAAUGAAAUUUUUAAAAUUAUGAAUAUUGCUCCUGAAUUGGAAUUAGUUAAGGAAAUACCAAGACAGCAAAUGUACGAUAAGAAGGUAUAUCAAGUUAUUUAUAAUAGUAUUGCAGCAGCUGAACAUGCUGUAAGUCGAAUUAAUGGAUUUGAAUACCCACCGGGUCAUCCAAUAUUACUGGAAUUCAGUAGUUCUUCUAUAUCUAUCUCAUCAGCGGUAGAUCCCAUAGCUAAUAAAAUUUCAAAAGAUAUAGAAGUGCUUUCUAGUACUGUCACCAAAGCAUUAGCUGUCAUUAAGAAUGCUAGUAUAACAACUGCUUCUCUAUGUUUGGCGGAUGAUUAUAGUUCACCAUUAGCAUCAAAAAGAGGAAAUGAAAAAGUUCUUUUGCCAUCAUCAGAUAAUUCAUUCAGAUUAUUUUUUGUAUGCAAACCAAUUAUUCCUCCGAUGCGCUUAUUAGAAGAUACUUUUAAAAUGUUUAAAGGCUUAAGAAAUAUUAAUGUCAUUGAUGGCAAGAAUUAUGGUUAUGUGACUUAUGAUAAUUUGGAAAGUGCAACACGAGCUAUUAAUUGUUUAAAUGAUCACAAAGUAUACAACAGUCGUCUAAAAGUAAUGGAAGCUGAACCCAGAGAACCAAAUCGUAAACGUAUGAAACCUGAUACAAUGUGAAUACCAGAAGUAAAAUAAGACAGUAAAUACCACAACAAAAACAAACGAUUUAUUAAACCCACUAAAACGACAACAGAAACUUGAGUUUGUCUAUAAUUACGAGACAAAUAUCACAAAAUCAACCGAUUUCAUGAAACUCUACAAGAUAUUCAACGACUGUAACAUAUUGUCAACACAAAAGACACUUUUUAAACUAACUAACAUAUUAACGGUGUUAUUUGUUCAAAAAGUUUUUAAAGCUGAGAACAUAUAUUUACAUAGUUAUAAGCUUUUUUAUGUUUUUUUCAUGGACAAACUACUUUAUAGCAUAAUUAAAUAUGCCAUUCAAAUUGCUGGGUAUAUUUUAAGAAAUUAAAUAUAAUGGAAAAGAAUUAAAAUUUCUAAGAUAUAUCUGGGUAAAGUCAGAAUAUAAUUAAUUCAUAUGUAUGAUGGUAUAUUUAAUAGAUUAUUAUUUAUUAUUUUUAAUAAUUAACAUAAACUAUUUUGUACUAUAACAUAAAUAUCUAGUACAAACAACAAGACUAACAUCUUUAAAACAUUGACAUUUACCAGUUAUAUAUGGUUUUUUUUUAUAAACAUUGAGUUAUAUAUAUUUAAUUAGCUCUUUCAUUACAUUUUUUUAGUACAAACCAAAAAAGUAUUUAAAUUUUUUCCAGAUGUAUAAUUUAUUUUAAAUUUAACUAAAAAUAAAGUAAAAUAAUUAACAAAUUUGUAUCAAUUAAAUACUUAAAUUUUUAAUAUUUUUUUAAGUUAUUAGUCUUUUUUUUAUGUAUUUAGAUUGAGACAUUUUUUACUUGCAUUCCAUUAAUGAAUAUGUACUGUUAAAUAUAUAAUAAUACUUAAAAAUAUUAUGGAAUAGGAUUAAUACAUUUUUUUAAAAAUAUUGUGAUAUUGGCUAUAUUAUUUAAAUAAUUUUUUUAUUUUUUAAUUCUAAUAUUGGUAAAGAUUAGAAUUAUUUAAAGCAUUUGAGUAGGAUACACUACAUUUUAUUAGAGGAUUUAGUGGUAUAAAUUAUUUAUUUCAUUACAUUUUUCUAUUUUAAUUGUAAACUUUGUAGUUUAUAGUUUAUACAUUAUGUACAAAAUAUAUAGGUACAAUGUUUUAUUUGAAAUUAGUAAAUAUUAAUUUUUAUUUUUAUGUUAUUUAUGCAUCAUUUUAGUUAGUAUCUAAGCAAAAUUUCAUGUGAAAAGUUGAAUUUGAUUUAAUUAUGAUGUGCCCCACACAUUAUAAUAUUUAUAAAUUCUUUUAUUUAAAACUAACAAUUUUCUAUUUGGUAUGUUUUUAAACAACUUUUGUAUCGUGUUUUACUUAUAUAAUAUUAUUAUGCUUUAAUAUUAUCACGUUAUCUUCAUUCAUCGUAUUACACGUAGAAUAUAUAUUUUUUAAACUGAUGAAAGUAUUGUUGGUAUUUGUAUCCAGAUUUAUUAUUCUAACUUAUAUAUAUAAUAACUGAGCAAGCUUUAAUCUUUGUGUUUAUUUAUGGAGUCUGGUCAAAAACUAUUUAACUGCUCAAUAUUACCUGCAGGGCAUUGCAUUUCAUAGGUGUAACUAGAGAUUUAUUUUGUGAGUAGGUACUGUAGUUCAUUGGAUUUUGUGUGUCCUACCAAACUUCACUUUAUUACACCACCUUCCUCCUCUAACCACUAACAUGAAUAGGUAAUAAAAACUAAAUAUGUAGGAACUAAAAAUUAUAAUUAAUUAAACAAACAAUUUAUAUAAUGCAUCAUACAUUUUUUUUUGGAAAAUUAUUUAAAAUAUUAGAUUUUUUCAUUUUAAAAAAAUCAAUUACGUAUUUCCGUUGGUAUUUCUAUAACUAAAUCUUAUUUAAAUUUUGAACUUGGCUUAAAAAAACGCAUCUGUUUUGACUAAAAUUUCAGACUCCAAAGUCACAAAUUAAUAAUAUGUACUGAAAUAUUAUACUUUAAUAUUAAUAAUUUAAACCGUAAUAACUAGAGCUUGGAACCUAAAGACCAAUGAUUCAUGUCUGCAUUUAAAUUUGACAAAAUUAUAGCAAUGCAUGGUAUUUUGUUUAAUAUCUUCAUGGUUGCUUUCUAAGUAUAAAUAAAAUUAAAUCAUGUAUAAAAAUAUAUAUGAUAAUACAGUUAAUAUUAUCAUCCCAUUUAUUCAAACAAAACUAAGUACAAAACAUUUUUUAUUAAUUUUCAUCAAUUUAUUUACAAAUAUGCCAUUGAAACCAAAAAUAAUCAAUAUAUUUUGUAAAUAUAGUAUACAAAUUAAAUUACGGUGUCCGGAGAGAGGUGCCGCCAUCCCUCCACCCCGGCAGAUACCUACGUGUUUACACAAAAACGUGCCUCAGAAGUUAAAGCCUUACCCCCCCCCCCCCCCC